AGCUUGCCCAGGUGGGCUCCUGCCGGUGCCUGGAGCGGGGGCACAGACCCGGUCUCUGCAAAGCGGCUCGCGCGGGCUACUUGGAGUGAAAAGGGCCCCGUGGCCCUGAGUGCCCUGCUGGGGCUGCCUGCUGGUGCCCACCGUGCGGGCCUCUCGCUAAGGGAGUGGAGAUGCCAUGUGUCCGAGAGGCUUGAGCCAGAACAUCUGGAAAUAGCCAAACCACAAGCCCCAGCUUUGACUGUGCUCUGAGCUGCCUCCAGCAUCCCAGAGCGAUUCCAGGGCUGGGAAUCCAGCUGGAGCUCGUUGGCUGUCACCCGUUCCCACUCCAAAGCCGCCUGGCAGCGUCUCCAGGGAACGUGCCUGUGACCUCGGUGUCUCUGCAGAUCCCGCCCCAGAGGGCGCCUCUGAGAUGGAGCCAAGUGUUGGGGGCAGAGGAAUCCCAGAUGCUCCUGGCGCGGCAAGCGCUGGGGGCUGGAACAUCAGAGAGGAGCAGAGCGACACGCCAGGAUCCUGGGCAGUGAAAGCAGAGAGCGCGUCCCAGAGCCUGGGCUGUGGGGAGCUCCUGGCCCCGGGGAGCGGCCGUGUCGGGGACGUGCUGCUGAUCUGCACUGAGUGCGGGGAGAGCUUCGGGCAUCACGAGGCCCUGAUCGCCCACCAGCGAGGCCACGCUGGGCAGGGGGCCGGGCCCUUCACCUGCCCCCAGUGCCAGAAGGGCUUCAAGCACAGAGCCAGCCUUGUGGCACACCAGCGCGUCCACACGGGCGAGCGCCCCUACGCCUGUGCCCAGUGUGGGAGGGGCUUCCGCUACAAGACCUGCCUGGUGGUGCACCAGCGCGCCCACUCCGGCCAGCGCCCCCACAAGUGCCCGCAGUGCGGCAGAGCCUUCCUACAGCGCGGGGACCUGCGUGCCCACCUGCGCACGCACACGGGCGAGCGCCCCUUUGCCUGCUCUGAGUGCGGCCUCCGCUUCCCGUCCCGCCGGAACCUCGCCUGUCACCAGCGCCAGCACCCGGACCUGGGCCCCCACCAGUGCCAGCAGUGCGGGCGCAGCUUCCGCCACAAGCGCAACUUGGUGCGGCACCAGCGCGGCCAUGCUGGCACCCAGCCCUACCGCUGCCCCGAGUGCGGGGACGGCUUCUGCUACAAACAGAGCCUGGUGGCCCACCAGCGGGAGCACGCCACCCCCCGGCCCUACCCCUGCCCCCAGUGCGGCACCAGCUUCCAGCACCAAGCCAACCUGGCCAUCCACCAGCAGAGCCACGCCCCCCCGGCCACCUACACCUGCCCACAGUGCCAGCAGAGCUUCAAGUACAAGGGCUACCUGCACAUGCACCAGCGGAAGCACUCGGCCCCCGAGGCCGAGGGGCGGGAGCGCCAGGCCCUGCCCGGCGGCGGGAGGCUCUUUACCUGCGCCCAGUGUGGGAAAGGCUUCAAGAACAACGGCUUCCUCAUCAUCCACCAGCGAGCCCACGCGGCCGGGGCACGGAGCGCCAGCCCCACCUCUUGGGGUACCUAGCCCCUCUACCAGGCCUCGUGCCAUCAGCAAAGGGGCAGCGUUGCCAAGGGAGCUCUGAGCGUGGCCAGGAGGGGCCCAGCGUGCCGACAGGGCACAGUGUUAGAGGGAGAGGAGGGCUGGGCUGCUCAAACCCAGGGUGGCCAACUUGGGCUACUGGGCGUUGUCUGAGUGCUGGGAGAACGGCAGCUUUGGACUCAAAGCACGGCUGUGGUGCCGGCAGGCGAAGGGCUAGUGGGGUGUCUGAGCACAUGGGGUUUGCGGGUUCUGCUGCUGCCCUGUUGCCGGGUGCAUGUCCCAGCCCUGCCUGGUGCCCCCAAUUCUCUCUGGGCCCCGUUUGCCCUUCAGGGAAGAGGCUGCUGAGGCGGGCUGGGAAGUCCCUGGAUGUGGUCCCGGAGGGGGAGGGGGGCUGGCUGUCGUGCCACACGCCCAGCUGUGAGGGGCUUUGCCUCGGCACGGCCCCGGGGAGGUGGCUGCUGGAACGCGGAGUCCAGUGCUGGGGGCCGAAGAGCCCCGAGUGUGUGGGGCUGGAGGAAACACCUGCCUGGAGAAGCUCCAGAGUGGCGUCCCGCAGAGAACCAGCCGCUGGCGCAGCGCUGACACCGCCCCCCUUCCAACUGAAAUAACAGCCCAUUCCCCCCAAACCCCACCCCCGCAACAAGCUGCCCAGAUGUGGGAGGCUUGUGCCCUGGCUCAGAGCCAGGCCCCGUGGCCAGGGGAUGGGCAGGGGCCCUGGCCCUAGAGGUGUGGGGCUCCUGCAAGAGGGAGCUGUUAGUGGUUGCUGGAGCCCUGUGGCCAGACCCAGGCAUCCCCCUGGGCUCUGCUCCAGCACAGAGCCGGCUGCAUGGGUCGCCUGGCUGGAGCAGAGGCAGGGCCAGCCCACCGUGGCUAAUCACAACCUCCCCGCUGAGGCUGGUGUUUCAGGGCCGCUGCUUACCUGGGCCCCAGGCGAGCCAGCAAGUGCUCAGUAGGCUGAGAGCUGGGAGGCUCCUUCAGGAGCGUCUGGGCCAGGGGCCAGCCCCCAGCUUGGCUGCACUCGACCCCCAACCUGAGGGGCUCUAGCGGCCAGAGCUGGGGGGAGAUCGGCCCCUGCAGCCCCGGGCUGGGGGAGGGACACGGCGGGCGUGUUUGGAGAAAUAAAGCUGAAGCACUGCAGGCAGGGCCUGGGAUCCGGCUGGUGCGUGUUCUGUGCUGCAGGCGCUGCUGAGCUCGCUCACAGCUAAGUGACCCCUGCCCUCUAGGGCUGCCCCUCGCACCCGGGGCUCCUGGCCCAAUGCGCAGCCGCUGGGGUCCAGAGCGUCCCCUGGCCUGGGGCUGUGCAGCGCUUGCAUUGUCUUUGCCUGUAACUGUCAGCGUAGCAACGCCCUUGCCGGCGCCCGGCCGCGCCGCUCCCACCUGCCCUCGCCGGCGCCCGGCCGCGCCGCUCCCACCUGCCCUCGCCGGCGCCCGGCCGCGCUGCUCACAACCGAGCCGCGGGAGCUGGGCUGCAGCCCCUGCAGAAAGGCUGGGUGCUGGGCUAGCAGAUGAGCAGGGCCGGGGAAGGAUAAAGCCAUUCGGUGAAUGCUCUGGGCUGUGUCCAGUGUGGUGCCGAACGGGGGGGGAGGGGUUGUGCCCCCAGAGACAGCUCCAGGGAGGUGACUGGCUAAGCAUCGCGCACAACCGCUGAGACGGGCAGACGCCACUUCUCCAGGCAACAGUCAGCUGCCUUACCCAUGAACCCAUCCUCCCCCAAUCCCCGUCUCGUUCAAUGCGCACCUUCCCCCUCCUGCAGCCAGUCCUGCCGAGCACAGCUGGGUUUGUCCCCACGGCCCUGGCCGUCCUGUGCCCCCAAGGAGGCGGGGACCUGUGGGAAGUACAGUGUGUGAUCCUAAUGCCGACCCCUGAGGGACCAAGGAGGGGUGGCAGGAAAGCUUCACUCUGGCAUCUCCUAACUUCAGGGCUGGGCUUUCACACCCUCAUGCUCUUCCGAUGUAUUUAUUAAAUAAUGUUAAAUCCC